CUUAUAUUAUUCUCAUCAACAGGACGACCGAAUAUUUCAAAUAAUGUUUUAUUGUUACAGGCCGAGCUCAUACAUAUGCGUGCAGAAUUGACAGAAUCUAAAUCGAAGAGAGAAGUCCUCGAAAGUGAACUCCAUCAUCUCUUGCUACAACUACAUUCCUCGCAGCUCUCUAAACUACCCGAUAGUCUAGGUAACAAACGACAAGAAAAUCUCAUCAAACCAGACAUCAGCGCUAUCAAACAGAGAUUUGAUAAUGAGAUCAAACAGAGCCCUAUGCGUAGAGCGAGUACCAGAGACUUGGAUGAACUAAAAUUCAGCCCUUCAUCAAUAGAACCUGCAAGGUGCAAAGCUGAUGUUAUCCAACUCCGAUCCGAAAAUGCCUCAUUGCGAAAUGAAGUGCUUGCCCUCACCAGUGACGUCUAUGGCGCUAAACUGACCGCUAAAUAUCUGGAUAAAGAACUUGCUGGUAGAAUACAGCAGUUGCAGCUAUUAGGUAGGGAAAUGCGUGGUGAUGACCGAGACAAGUUAUGGAGACAACUCGAGUCAGAAAUUUUAUUACAGAGACACAAAACGGUUGUGCGAGCUUGCAAGCGAAAUUGCUCUCUAAAUAACUCUGGUAAUUGCCCCAAACCAGAACCAGAAACGAUCACAGAAAAUACUGAACACUUUGGUGAUAUAAGAACGGUCAUGGUGAAAAGACAACCUGGACAAGGUUUGGGAAUCAGUAUAACUGGUGGUAGGGAACAUGGUGUUCCGAUUCUUAUCUCAGAACUGGAGCAUAAUGGCCCGGCAGCUCUUUCUGAACAGCUUUAUAUCGGUGACGCCAUUUUGAAUGUGAACGAGAUAGAUCUCAGAACUGCUUGCCACAGAGAAGCUGUCAAUAUACUGCAGCAACAGACGGGAGAUUGCAAACUGCAAGUACAGUACAUAGCAGCUGAUGACAGUGAUAAUUCUUUGGAAGAAGAUGGAUUCCAUUUCAAAUUUUUCGAUGAAGAAGUUUGUGAUACCAACAAUCCAACAAACAUCAAUAGGACUGAUGAAAUUCUGAACACGCCAACAGCACCUAGAACCCCAGAUUCGUUAUCUGGUAGUAGGGUGUCUGCACAAAAUGUCACAAAUACUCCAAGUGAAACAACUAAGCUAACUAUUCUAAAUACUCGGCCAACUCAUCAAAUUGAAAGUAAGUUUCACAAUGAUUCGAUUGCAAACAAUGGGAAUUGUGAUGAGUAUGAAGACAUUAAACUUGUUGCGACUGCUAUACGUGCUGCAGAAGAACGACUCAGCAAUAUGUCUAUCCAUCAAUCAAACAAUAAUAAAUCCCCAGAAAUCACCACCAGAAGUUUGACGACGAACGAUAUUUACAAUGUUGACACAAACGAUCUAGUUCUGAUAGAUAACGCCACCAACAAUAUCAUAAAAUUAGAGAACUUCAAGAAAGUUGAUAUUUUCUCGACAUUGGAAGAAAACUACAACACAUCAACAAACUCUCUGAAUUCCGAAAAUCUGUCAUCUCCAAUGCAAACUAGUACGGAUGUGUAUAUUGAUUCGGAAAUUUUAUCCACAGAUCUUGCUUCAAAUGAUUCUCAGUCGCCCAAAAAUAUACAAAGCGAUUCAAAUAAACCCAAGUUCACCUAUGACGAAACUUCGACGAGUCUUAAAAAAUUCGGCGAGUUCUUGAACAAACCUCAUUUUCGUGGAUCUAACGAUUCCCUAUCUGAUCCAAAAAGCGAUCAAAGUCUCUUAAACUCAAUUGACAGUUGUGGUAGUUCGCCACUGCACAAACCUAACCGAGAAUACAAGAAACAAAAGAAGCACAGGAAGAAAUACUUCGGAGUCAAAACCUUGCAGAGUAUCUUCAACAAACAUGAUGGAUAUUCUGACAUUUCUACAACUGCUUCUGAAUUAGGAGAUGAUCCACCUGCAAUACCAAUUCAGACACCCGAGAAAAAAGUUGAAACGACCAUGUACAAAUAUCCCGAAACGAGCCCUCAGUUUGAAGAAAACAUACACAAUCUUUUGUCGGAUAUAUUUGUUAAAAGUUUCCCGUUGAGUUUGGAGCAGAGUACUUCGAGUGUUGGAGCUGUCAACAAAUCAGUGGGCAGCAAAAAAUACUUUUCCCUUCACGGGCAGAACCUCAGAGUAGGUAAGGCUUUGAGGUUAUGUCCAAACGAAGAGUUCACUGAUGCGGAUACGGAACAAAGAAAGGAAAAAUUAUUGGCGAGAUAUGUUUAUAAUGCGAAUUCGUUGAAUGCAGAUGGGGUCGGAGACCCUGAUUUUGGAACGCCCGUUUGA